AUGGAUGAUCAACAGGGGUCCCCGGAGAAAGACGAUGCUCGUUUGCUGGUCACCACAUCUUUCGAUUCAGGUGAUCGGGGUUCACAAAUUAUGGAAGUUUCGCCUUUGGCCGAAACACGCUGGCAGUACCUUUGUCGAUACUUUACGACAAAAGAAGGAUGGAUUGGGGACUACGAUUACCUCUAUCUUGUGACGCCCAACAUAUGGCCCUUGAACAAAAAGUACAAGGAUUACGAGGCGCCCUUCUAUGGAUUGAACGAUGAAGUUCCCAUCCUCCUCACGAUCAUCUUGGGCCUUCAGCAUGCUUUAACGAUGAUCGGGUCAGUAGUGUCGCCACCACUGGCGAUUGCCAGCGGAGCAUUUUACCUGUCGGCGGAAGAAAGCCAAUACCUUGUCUCGGCUGCAUUCAUCACCACUGGAAUUGCAACAGCUCUGCAGGUGACGCGGGUGCAUUUAACAAAGACACCUUUCUAUAUCGGCACUGGACUUCUCUCGGUGGUCGGACCAACAUUUGACAUUCUUGCGAUUGCGUUCAGUUAUACCGACAUGCGCUAUUCAAAUGGAACAUGUCCUACCGCUUCUGAUGGUUCUAAGCUUCCGCGUCCUGAUGCGUGGGGUGCCAUAUUUGGUACAAUGCUUUGCACUGUUUGGAUCCAGAUCUUGAUGUCCUUUGUUCCUCCGAAGACGCUCAAUAGAAUCUUCCCAAAGGUCGUGACAGGAACACAUCUGCUACUUGUCGGGGUGUAUCUGAUCUCCAAUGGUAUGGAGAAUUGGGGUGGUAGUUCUAACUGCAAUGGUGGCACGGGAUACUAUGCACUAUGUCCCGACACUGCAGCACCAAAGCUACUGCCCUGGGGAGACCCGAAGCUCAUUGGUCUCGGAUUCAGCGUGUUCUUUACCAUCAUCAUCGUCGAACUGUUUGGCUCACCGCUCUUGCGAUCUGCAUCAGUCGUUUUCGGACUUGCAGUUGGAUGUAUAAUAUCGGGAGCCACUGGAUACUGGUCGCGCGAUAACAUCAAUGCCGCCCCGGUCGCAAUCUUUCUCUGGGCGGUCAGCUGUAUGCCCGAUAUCUUGGCCACAGCCGAAACUUCAGGAGUGGAAUUUGAUGGUAUUGAGUUCAACAGCCGGAUUCAGGGAGGCAUCCUGUGUGAUGGCCUCGGCAGUAUAAUUAGUGCCCUGGGCACUGGAUUACCAAUGGUUGGCCAAGCCGGAAACAGCGGUGUGAUCUCUUUGACUGGAUGUGCUAGUCGUCGAGCAGGAUGGUGCGCUUCGGGAGUCUUGAUUCUCACAGGAAUAUUUGGCAAGUUCGGGGCAGUCUUUGGCUCCAUGCCUCCCUCUGUGCUUGGAGGAAUGCAAGUGUUCCUAUACGGCACAAUCGUGGUCGCAGGUAUCAGAGUUCUCAGCCUGGUUGAAUUCACCCGACGCAAUCGCUUCAUUCUGACCACUGCCUUGGGCAUUGGGUUUAUUGACAUUGUGUCGACCCAGUGGUUUUCCAAGAUUUUGAAUUAUAGUGGUUCAAAUGUGCGGCUGCAAGGCUUUGAGGAAGGUGUUAAUUUGAUGGUUGAGACCCCUUUCAUCAUCGCCGCCGUUGUCAGAGUCAUCAUGAAUCUGGUUCUACCAUACGACGGGAACAAGGAAAUGGAAGGGCGUGGGGGGCGCCCGGCACUCCCCACCUAG